AAUAAUAAAUGAUUAUGAUUACUUUACAUUGAUUGCAAUUAUUGUGAAUGCCACGAUCAAUAUUUUUUAUAAUUUUAAUCAUCAUCAAAUAUCAACAUUGAAACAACAACAACAAUAUAACCACAAAAAUCAACCGCCAACAUUAUCACCGGUAUUGUUGUCGUUAGUGAUGGUGAUGAUGAUGAUGUUGAUGAUGGAUAAACAUUUAAAUCAAAAUACGGAUAGAACGAAUCAAAAUAAAAACAAUUUACCGCCACAUACUUCACAACAACAACAACAACAACAAAUACAUCAACAAUUGCAGCAACCUAGAUUAUCAUCAAAUAAUAAUAUAAAGAAUUCAUCAUCAAUUGCUUUUGUACCAUUAACAUUAUCAUCAUCUAGUGAUAGUGUUAUUCCUGAACCGAUUCAUUAUUCAUCGACUAGUCAAUCACAACAAUCGUAUCAGCAACAACAACAACAACAACAUCAUCAUCAUCAUUUAAAUCAACAUCAACAUCAACAACAACAAUCUACAUCAUUGGUGACCACAACAGCAGCCGAAGCUAUUAUAACGGUUGUCGCUCCAUCUUCAUCAUCAUCAUCAUCAUCAUCAACAUCAAUAUCAUCAUCGUCAUCAUCAUCAUCAAUAGCUGUAGUAGAUGCCACGUUGCCAUCGAUACUACCUCCAUCAUCAUCAUCAUCAUCUUCAACGCCAAUAUUAUCAACAUCAUUAUCAUCAUCAUCGUUGACCCAGCAACAACACCCACAAUCUACAGAAAUGAUCUCAACACAACCGGUUGUGACAUUAGUAUCAACUGUUAAUGUCAGUGUCGAGCAACAAUCACAAUCACAAUAUAUAACGGUUUCAUCAUCUGAUCAACAACAACAAGAUCAACAUAAUGUAACACCACAACAACCGCCAACACCUCAACAACAACAACAACAACAACAACCAUCACAAUCACAAACAAAUCAAUUAGAAUCUGAUGUUACGGAUAAUAAUGCAGCUGUUGUUGCUGUAGCUGAACAACAUACACCGCAUACAUCAUAUGAAGAUUAUAAUUAUCCAAAUGGUGCCAAUUCGGCUGGACCAAUGGCUACAUAUUAUGUUACCGAUUCAUAUACACAUAGUGCAUAUUAUACAACCAGUUUGCCCGAUGGUUAUGUUGUAAUGGAUCCAACAGUUGCGUCAACAGCAACAGCCGCUACAGCCAAUGAUCAUCCUAUGAAUCAAACGCAUCAUCAACCGACACCAGUACAGCCAACACAAUUACAACAACAACCAUCACAAACAAUAUCGAACAAUGGCCUUAUAUCUCAUCGUGAUACAAUACAGAUUUUAACUGAUGAAGUCGAUUAUAAUAAAUCAUAUCAACAGCCUGCACGAAUUUCUGUUCAACCACAAACUGUUAACUGGUUACUGGAAAACUAUGAAACAGCCGAUGGAGUUUCACUUCCGCGAUCAACGCUCUAUUCACAUUAUCAACAACAUUGUCAAGUGAAUAAUAUGGAACCGGUGAAUGCAGCAUCAUUUGGUAAAUUAAUACGUUCAGUAUUUGUUGGUCUUCGUACUAGACGUUUGGGCACAAGAGGCAAUUCAAAAUAUCAUUAUUAUGGUAUUCGUGUAAAAGCUAAUUCACCAUUAAAUGAUAAUAAUAAUGGUUCAGUGGAAAACAAUACGAUGCCACCGGUGAAACGAUCCAAAUUAAAUCAUAUUUCAUCCAAUAAUAAUAAUAACAACAACAACAACAACAACACUAAUAAUAAUAAUGUCAUCAAUAAUAAUAAUCCAAAAGCCAACAACAACAACAAUAUUAAUAACAAUAAUAACAAUGUGAAUGCUAUAAAUGAUUUACAACAUAUGGCCACAACAAAAGAAUCACUUCAAUCAUAUUUAGGUGAUUCAAGACAAUUAUUGGAUACUGUUUGGCCACAGCAAGAUAAUCAACAACAACAACAACAACAACAACAGGAUGAAUCACAAAAAAGAUCAAAUAUGUUUUACAAAAGUUAUCGUAUUCAUUUUGAUAAAAUUAUAAAUGCCUUAUCCGAAUUGAGCUUCCAAGAAGUGGAAAAUAUAUGGCUAUCAUUUUGGCAGCCACCAAACACAUCUAUCGAUAAUGAUGUUGAACAUCAAUUAAGUUUACAAUCAUUACGUGAAUUAACCAAAACUGAUAUGUCCAAUUGGAUAGCUCAAACCGAUUAUACAAUGUAUAAUUCAAUUUUAACAACAUUAUUAUUACCAAAUCUAUUGAAACCGAUACCACAAAUAUUAACGCAACAGAUUAGAAAUUUUGCCAAAUGUAUUAAUAAAUGGAUGUUGAAUGCCUUACAAGGUUAUUCUGAUGAAUUUAUACGAAUGAAAACAGCGGCAGUUAGUUCACUCAGUCAUAUGCUUAGACGUUAUACAUCAUUGAAUCAUUUAUCGACAGCAGCAUGUGCAGUGUUGAAAAAUCAACAACAAGUUUCACAAAUGAUUAACGAUCUAAAUAAAGUAGAUUUUAAAAAUGUACAGGAACAAGCAUCCUGGGUAUGCCAAUGUGAUGAAGAGAUUGUACAUCAAAUUGAAUCAAGCUUUAAGGGAUUUCUAUCCGAUCAAUGUCCAUACGAUCGAUGGGCUUAUUGGUGUGAAGAAGUGUUAAACAUGAGUCUAUCAAAUCACAAUAUAAGUACAGCCAAACAAUUUUUUUUCAAAUGGGAAUUCUACAGUUCACUUGUAAUGCGUGAUUUAACAUUACGAUCGGCUCAAUCAUUUGGAUCAUUUCAUCUAAUACGAUUAUUAUUUGAUGAAUAUAUAUUCUAUCUGGUUGAACAACGAAUAGCCAAAGCUACACAAACAACACCAUUAAAGAUGCUUGGUGAGCUUGCAUCGAAUUCAAGAAAUAUUUCGACUACAACGUCUUCCGGUAUAUCAACAACACGUAUCAAUAAUACUAAUUUGUGCAAACAGACAACUCAAUAUAAUGAUAAUAUGGUUGGACAACAACAACAACAACAGCCACCGCAAUCACAGCAGCCACAACAACAACAACAACCAGUGAUUCCGCAAUAACAUUCCAAUCAUGAAGACUUCCUCCUUAUAUUAUACGACCUAGUCAGAAUUAUUUUCAUUCCUGUUGCCGUUGUUGUUGUUGUUGUUGAAUUGUAUUUGAUUGGAAUUUAAUCCAUAUAUUUAGCAUAUUCGAAAUGAAAAGAUUCUUUCAACAAAAAUCAUAUUUUAUAUUUGUGUGUGUGUGUGUUUUAUGCCAUCAAAAAAAAAUUUUUCCCCCGUUGUUGUUAUUAGUUUUUGUCAUUUUUG